AUGGAUACUUUUGGUUCUGUUUUAGCACCUUUAUCGGCAGACAUUUUGGAGUUCAAUGAAGGUUGUUUAGAAUCGGCAAACCUAUUUCGUGAUUUAAUAAAUAGUUAUCAGGGUUCGUUACUGGAUCUCAGUGCUACUGUUAUUCAUCUUGAGCUUGAUAUUAAGAAUGGACUAAAAAAUUUCAAUGAUGAGGAUUCCAAUGGUAUCGAUGCUGAUAAACAAGCUGUUGGCAAUCGUGCUUACAAUUCUCCGUCACAUAGAUCAACAUUAAGGGACCCUUAUGUCCCAAUGGUGGAGCUAAAGUUGUUUUUAGCAACUGUUAUGAAUGCUUUGAAAAAACAACCAUUUCGGCACAAACAGUGGCAAUCUUUCCUCCUGAGAAUUCUUCCAUUUUUGGAUAGAUCAUUACCGACUCUUUCUACUUAUGUGGUGGAACAGUUGAGAAAGAACAUUGAAUAUGUAGUGCGGGUUGCUUAUCAGGCUUAUGUAACUGAUGAAUUACCUUUUAUUGUUGAAGAUCAUCGCGUUCCUUUGAUCAUUUCUCCAAACGAUGUUCAAUCAUAUCCAACCAAUUAUGCUAUUGGUGCUUUUGAGACACUGACAACUUUUAUCCACUUUUGCCUUCUCGAAAUUUCACCUCAGUCUUUAUCACCCGCUUCAGGAACGACGAGUGCACAUUUGAACGCUGCAGCAGCACAAGUUCCGACGCUGUCUUCAUCUUUAUCUUCUUCAAUGUUGAGCGCAAUCCCGGGUACAAAGGGCGCAACCGACUUGAUUUCGAAUGUGUUCAAAGCUUUCCUAUUUAGUGACAGCUCGUCUAUGACAGCGAGUCGAAUGAAAUACGUGGAUCGUGAUGAUGGCUCAUGGACGGAGGCAAAAGUUAAGAUGUUGAAUGCUUUCCCUGUAACUCUGGCAACUAGUAAAGGCAUUGUUCAUGGAGUAAGUGGCUAUGGUGUUUUAUAUGAUCUGGAGUUGAAGAGGCUAAUUCUAGAUUUUCUAUCACCGAUAUUAGAGAAUUACCAACAGGCUUUUUUGUCUGCUGUAUCAUAUGUGUGGCUUACAAGGAGUAGUCUUUCUACUGAUCGAAUUUGUACUGUGAACGAGUCUGAGGUUUCUUUCACUUACACCGAUACUCAGAUGGAUGUUGCAAACUUAUUGUUAAAUAUUGAGAAGUUUUCGUUUGACAACCUUGUUUCUACUGUAACUUACCUAAUAAAGGACUGUGUUGGAAAAUCGGGCAAACAGAGUGGGCCUGCUGUCGAAAAAGUACAAAACGUUUAUGGUGUUGAAGCAACAGCCUUGUUGGAAGUCUUACACGGCUGCUUGAAAGCACAGUCUCGUCCUUCGUUACUAAGCUGCUGGCGCCCACUACAGUCAUUGUUUUCAGAAUCACCUCUAUCAAACUUGCCUCCUCGGGCUAUCUUCCUUGAGUUUAUGAUUCUUGCUGAUUAUGUUCGUUUCUGUGGAAGUAGCUCAACGUUUGAAGGUAAACAAGAAAUUCGUGCUAUGCAGGAUGCAUGUCAGAAGCUAACAGAUGCAGUAAACGUGAUUAUUGGGUGGCAGCUGGAACAAACGACGUGGUUGAAACGGACCCUUGUUGUUAAACACGACUCUGGUACUGACCCUGCUUCUUUAGGGCUGAAAUCGCAAGAUGGUUCCCCAGUUUCUGAAAGCGUAACUACUCCCAGUUCGAUAAAUGUUUCGGAAGCAAGUUCUUUUAGAGGAUCAACAGCUUCUUUGGUUCCUCCGAAACUAGCUACUUUCGACACACAAAAUAUUUCAACAGUCAAUUCGUUAUCAGGGCUUUCGGAGAGGAAAUCAAGUCCUGUCUUACGCUCGAGUAUAAAGGACUCCAUCAGCAAUAAACGUGAUCCCACUUUCAGUAUACAGGCGUUAACACUGCUGGCAGAAAACUUGGCAGACCUUAUUGAUUCUGUUUGUAAAAGUGAGGACAAAGAAAGGUUGCUUCUUACGCUGCAGUCUGUUUGGAACAACACUUUACCGUAUUUGAAAGCAAAACAGUAG